UUUCGCUGUUUAUCGCUGUUCUCACGGCGUGAUUGAACACAUUACCCACUGCGUCAGUGGAAAUUAUGCAUUUUGCCCAAGCAUAGAACCGUUUCUGAUUGGCUCCCACUUGCGCGGCAUGCAAUGGGCUGAAUGCUCGUGUUUGCUGCUAUGCUGAUUGGCAGAGGGGGUUUCCCUCACACUUGCCUUGUGAUUAUGUUGGGAGAGCGCUGGGGUCCGCUCUUUGCUGCUCUCAUGGCGUGAUUUUAUACGGUUCCCUAUAGCAUUUCACGCAAUGUUGAGAGACUUCUCUCGAAUGGGAAUGUCUCCGGUUACUGUCGUAACCUCGGUUCCCUGAGAGGAGGGAACGAGACAUUGCGUAAACUGCCAUGUUCGCGGGCUCAGAUCGUCGCGCUGUAAUGUUCAGUCGAAAGAUUGAGGGUAUGCUGUCCAGACGGUGUAUAGGGGCAGUUCUAUUUUUAUUUCUACUGGCGUUGUGCAAUAAGGCUUCAGUAUAGGUUUGGAGAAGGGGAUUCCCCGUAACGUUUCACGCAAUGUCUCGAUCCCUCCUGUCAGGGAACCGAGGUUACAACAGUAACCGGAGACGUUUCACUUUUGAUCUGACUGCGACAAACACUGAUCAGUGUCAACACGGAUUCAGCUUGUAGGUUACCAUGCCACCAGCUAAAAAGUAUGAUGAGAAGCCAGAACCAGGAGACCUCAUUGAAAUCUUCAGAGCAGAGUAUGCUUGCGCUGGGUCUUACAGCAUGAUGUCAGUCACGUGUGAAAGAGCCUUAGUGAAGAAGGAAGAAAUCUGGGAUGUUGUAGGCUCGGACGAGUACCGUAUCAACAACCUUCUAGAUGACAAAUAUGAGCCUCGAGAUAUCAGAGAUAUCCUACGGGAUGCACAGAGGCUUGUGGGCAGAAGGCGUCCAUACUGUGUGGUCAGGCGUAACUGUGAGCACUUUGUCACGGAGCUGAGAUAUGGAAAGCCAGAGUCCCACCAGGUACGAAAAGCGGUGGAGAUUGGUGUUGCAGCUGGUCUUGCAAUAGCUGCCAUUGGAACAUUGGCUUAUGCUGCUGGCUUUUUUGGCUCGAGAGACAAAGAGAAGCAGACAAAAUAAACGCUUCGACAUGCACAACCGAGGCCUUUACAAUUUCAUAUCAGUACAUGUAUUUAAUGUAAUGUAAAACUCGUUGAUUUCCAACAAACGAAACGUAUAAUAAAGUCUUUCACCAUUAAUAAAGGAAAUACUUUUUCAAUUUACUUU